CGGCGCAGCCUGCAGCCUGUCAGCCAGUCUGUCUGGGUCCAGUCAGUAGUUCAGCAGCGCCGCCUUAUCUCUGCUACACUUUACUUUCAUCACCAACUACCAUCCAUCAUGAGGGAAAUCGUGCACAUCCAGGCCGGCCAGUGCGGGAACCAGAUUGGUGCAAAGUUCUGGGAGGUGAUCAGCGAUGAGCACGGUAUCGACCCCACAGGAACCUACCAUGGAGACAGCGACUUGCAGCUGGACAGGAUCAGUGUGUAUUACAACGCAGCCACUGGUGGGAAGUAUGUGCCCAGAGCCAUCCUAGUUGACCUGGAACCAGGCACCAUGGACUCAGUCCGCUCCGGACCCUUUGGACAAAUCUUCAGACCUGACAACUUUGUCUUUGGUCAAAGUGGAGCAGGAAACAACUGGGCCAAAGGUCACUACACGGAGGGGGCAGAGCUGGUGGAUUCGGUCCUGGAUGUGGUGAGAAAAGAGGCUGAGAGCUGUGAGUGUCUGCAGGGUUUCCAGCUCACACACUCCCUGGGAGGAGGCACCGGCUCCGGCAUGGGCACCCUGCUCAUCAGCAAGAUCAGGGAGGAGUACCCUGACCGCAUCAUGAAUACCUUCAGUGUGGUGCCCUCUCCUAAGGUAUCGGACACAGUGGUUGAGCCGUACAAUGCCACGCUGUCAGUCCACCAGCUGGUAGAAAAUACAGAUGAAACCUACUGCAUUGACAAUGAAGCCCUUUAUGACAUUUGCUUCCGCACUCUCAAACUCACAACACCCACCUACGGCGACCUCAACCACCUGGUUUCAGCCACCAUGAGCGGCGUCACCACCUGCCUGCGUUUCCCCGGCCAGCUUAACGCUGAUCUGAGGAAACUGGCUGUCAACAUGGUUCCCUUCCCUCGUCUCCACUUCUUCAUGCCCGGCUUUGCUCCGCUGACCAGCAGGGGGAGUCAGCAGUACCGUGCCCUGACUGUGCCCGAGCUCACCCAGCAGGUGUUUGACGCCAAAAACAUGAUGGCGGCUUGCGACCCUCGCCACGGACGCUACCUGACGGUGGCUGCCGUGUUCCGUGGCCGCAUGUCCAUGAAGGAGGUGGAUGAGCAGAUGCUGAAUGUCCAAAACAAGAACAGCAGCUACUUUGUGGAGUGGAUCCCCAACAAUGUCAAGACAGCCGUCUGUGACAUCCCGCCACGUGGCCUCAAGAUGGCUGUCACCUUCAUUGGCAACAGCACAGCCAUCCAGGAGCUGUUCAAACGCAUCUCUGAGCAGUUUACCGCCAUGUUCCGCCGCAAGGCCUUCCUCCACUGGUACACCGGCGAGGGCAUGGACGAGAUGGAGUUCACCGAGGCAGAGAGCAACAUGAACGACCUGGUGUCCGAGUACCAGCAGUACCAGGAUGCCACGGCCGAGGAGGAGGGAGAGUUUGAGGAAGAAGUGGAAGAGGAUGCCUAAAAAAAAGCAAGGAAAAUUCAAGUAACAUGAGCUGAAAAAAGUUAAUAACCAAAAAGAAAAAAAUCUUAAAAAAAGUGGAAAAAAAAAUUGUGAUAAGGAAUGUAGCAGAACAGAUAAGGAAGGCUGGUUAGAGAAACAUGGGGGUCUGAACUGGUUAACGGAGGGAUAGAAACGAUGGGAUGAAGUAAGAAUGAAAGUUGAAUGUAGGCAGAGAAAACGAAAGAGAAGCAGGUGAGAAACAGGAUAAAAAUCACAUGACCAAAUUAAUGUGCCAUGGUUUAAAGUUUAUUGUGACGCCGUGUAGACCAGUUUUACCAAGACUAGCCUCCCUUUUACACUAAGUUCUUGUCUUGUAGCAAAUGCACUAAUCAGAAGCACUUCUUAAACUUCACUUUAAAUCACGUAAGAUUAUCUUUUCCUGUUUCCUAGAAAGUAAAAAGAAAUUACUCUGAAAAAUAAAGGAAGUAAUCAUGGUGGCUUUGUACUGUAAAGUUAAUUCCACCUUGAACAAAUGUGCUAAAUGGUUUGAUGACUGAUUUAAAGUGUAAUAAUACACUUAUAUUCACUCACACUCGCAAACAAGCUUGUAAAUUUUGCCAAAUAUUAUUGAUAUGACAUUACCUUCUGCAUGAGAAACAGUAUUUUACAUUCCUUGAAAAAAUAAAUAUCUGUGCUUCUGAGUUAGCAGUCAGAAAAGUCCAACUUUGGAUGUUUUAUUCCAGAGUUAAAGCAUUUAAACAAGGGUGAAGUCAAAGAAUAUCAAGUGUUAGAAACCCUAUAACUGUGACUUUGAUUGUUUUGGAGAAACCAGACCUACUUCCUUGAGUGAACUUCAGAAAUAUGAAAUCAUGCCAUUAUCAGUGUUAAUUACUUUUAUCAGUGUUCAUUACUUUUGCCAUUUUUGUCAGCAUUCAAGAUCCACUCUCAAAGAUAAAUGUGAAUUUGGGUAGUAGUUGGGACAACACUGUCAGUAUUUUCUUCCUCACUGAGGCAUGUACUGUAAGUAAAUUGAUCAGCACACGUUUUUUUUUUUUUUACUGCUUUCGUCCUUUGCAUCCUUUUUAAGAUUGCGUGUGAGAUAGAAAACAUUCUGGUAGAUUCAGUCUUCAUAACAAAUCCUCAUGAUCAGGUCAUUGUUUUCUCACUUCAGUUGUAACUUUUAUUUCAUUCAGAAAGCACAAAAUUAAAAAUGUCAGAUUUAAUAGACAUUUUUUAAGAAGUUUUUUUGUAAAAGAGCCUGCAGCCAAUUCAACAUAUUUUAUAUCAGUAAUUGCAAAUUCUGCAAGUUGUCAAUGAGAACAAAUCUCUGUUUCAUUGAAUUCCUGACAAGAUUUCAGUAAGAUACAUUUUCAUAGUUUUAAUGCAACAGCAGCAGGAUUUUUCUCAGACGCCAGCCAACGUCAUGAGGACAAUCACACACUGCAGAUGCCCAGAACCCAGGUCAGGUCAUGGAAAGCAUAUUAGCCUUUGCCUGAUCUGUUUUCCAUUACCUACUAUUUGGGGACCUGAGAUUUUAGACUCAAAAAGGCCUGAGCUCAUCUUGACUAGAAGCAUCUUUACUGUUGUUGGAUUAGAACCAUGUAUCUGCCAAGUAUUAUAUUUAAAAACUGCAUUUGUUUUUUCUCUGAACUCCAUGUAUUUAUAUUUAAAUAUACAUUUUUGUAAUAGAUUUCAUGGGCCCAGUGGUCAUGGGAAUUACUCUAAACACAAAUGACCACAAAUUGGAUUCAAGUAUGGAAAAUAUCAGCAGUGUCACCUGCAAAUAAUCCGUAUGCUAAACCUCCAACAAAGUGACAUGAAUGAGCAGAGGAUGUAUUUUAAAGUAUUAAAAUCAUGGAGAGAAGUUGAAGAAUGCAUGUUUUCCUUUUUUACUUUAUCUCAUCACAGUGAGAACUUCCAGCAUUUUUCUGCAUCUACAGCUCACUCUUGGUGCCCAGAAAUGUCCAGUUCAACAGCUCAACUUCUGAUGCUUGUGUAUAUCUGACAUCUCAUGAAGUCAGUUUAACAUUGUAAUUAUUAAGGAUUCUUGAACCACUUUUCAAAAAUAAAAUGCCUGGGUACUUUCACAUUUGAAAGAAAAAGGAAAAACACCAAUUUGCAGUUGUUUUGGCCUGUGAAGAAGUGCAUAAUGUUUACACUCUGAGCCUAUUAUUUGAUCCUCAACCAUGCUGUCUGUAUGUCUGUGUGUUUUUAUUGUUUGUUAGUAUAUUUUUUAAUUCCUGUGGAACGUUUGGGAUCCCAGUGACUGAAACAUUUGCAAGAAAUAAAAAGGCAUUUGUGGGAAAAAGC